AUCCCGAAGCACACACUGUAAACUAUAUUAGUCACGAGCUACCCCGCAGAAGUACUAGCACUCGCUCAUGGUGCUCCAGUCGAUAACGACUAUUCUCCAACUUGUAGCAAUCACGGUGCUCCUUGUUGUUCCAAGAGUUGCUUCAGACGAUGCUGUACAACUAAGCGAGUCUUUUGGAGGUCCUCACGGUAACGAUUUCUCGGACCAAGCCGCAGUUGUAUCCGGGCAAACCGUCACCUCUGUCACCAUCCGGGCAGGCGAUCGCGUCGACGGUGUUUCUUUAGUGAUAUCUGGACCAACAGCUCAAACUUUUACUCAUGGUGGAACUGGCGGCACGGACAAUACUCUCACCCUUGCAGCAGGUGAACACAUCACAUCGAUGGAGGCCCAUUGGGACAAGAAAGACGACCACACACGCGUUUUCUACCUCAGUUUCAGUACGAGUGCUGGCAACACCGUCUCAGGAGGAACUCAGACAGACUCGACAGGGUCGGCCACAGCUCCAGCAGGUUACCAGUUAGGAGGUUUCUUCGGUCGAGACGGCGAUGAAAUCGAUCUGCUAGGUGCCAUUUGGUCGAGUGUUACUGCUGCAGAUACUGCACCAGGUACGGUGGUCCCACCGGAUAUUCCAGACACUAGCACAACGGCACCUGUGGCUCAAGCUACAACAGAACCCAGUACACCCGGCCCCAUAUCACAGACCUCUCUUGAUCCGACAUCGUCUGGUUCAGCAGCAGUAGCUCCUCCAGCUUCAUCGGCAGGGUCAGGAUCAGCAGUUCCGGUUCCAUCAGGCUCUGCAACUAGUGGCUCAUUGGAGGUGUCAGCAUCGCCAACUCCAGCUCCAGCACCCAAAGCCUCCGGACCUGCUGUGCAGUUGAGUGAAACCUUCGGUGGUCCUCACGGCAACGAGUUUUCGGACCAAGCUGCAGCGGUAUCGGGACAAACAAUCACUUCACUUACUGUUCGAGGAGCUGCUCGAAUCGAUGGCUUCACGUUGGAAGUGUCAGCUCCUACAGCUCAAACAUUCACACACGGUGGAACCGGUGGAGACCCGUACACACAGAAGCUGGGAGCAGGUGAAUACAUCACUUCCAUGGAGGUGCAUUGGGGGCAAAAGGAGGGCCAUACUCGAGUCUUCUACCUUAACUUCGGAACGAGUGCUGGUAACUCAGUCUCAGCAGGAACACAAACCGACGAGAAGGGCUCUGUUACAGCACCUGACGGUUAUCAGUUGGGUGGGUUUUUUGGCCGUGACGGUGAUGAGAUUGAUCUUCUGGGUGUAGUGUGGACUAGUAUUGCGGUUGUCGAUGAUACAGCCACUACAGCAGGCUCUGGUAGCACGGCAGCGGCCGUGACAGAUGAAGAUAUUGUCCUCAGCGCACUAUACGGGGGACCGCACGGUAACGCAUUCUCGGAUAUCGACUCGAUCAAAUUUACGCAGACUGUAAGCUCCAUUACUCUCCGCUCGGACAAGCGCGUGGACGCAAUUACACUGCAGAUCACGACUCCAGCAGAGGUGACAAUGAACCAUGGAGGAACUGGAGGCAGUGACAAGACGCUCACUCUGGGUCCUGGAGAAUAUAUCACGUCGAUGGAGGCACAUUGGGGAAAGAAAGACGACCACACGCGGGUUUUCUAUCUGAAGUUCACAACGAGUGCUGGAAAUUCAAUCGAAGGAGGAACCACGACGGAUGAUAAUGCCGUAGCGAAAGCUCCUGAUGGCUUCCAACUCGCAGGGUUUUACGGACGUGCUGAAGAUGAAGUUGAUCAGAUCGGAGCGAUCUGGACGAGAAUUUCCGCCAAAGAUUUAUCGCUUACAGAUGAGGAGGAGAGUUCGGGAUCUGGUGUUUUGUUUGGAACUACGAUUCGCAAUUGGGUAGGCCCCACUAUCGGACAACACAGUGAUACCGCGUGCUACCGGAAAUCGGUUGAUUUCGACAGCAACAACAUUUGUCCGUUGGGCUAUGGCAAAGAGGAUACAAACUGCCAGGCUCAGUGCCCGCUUUCCUAUCCAAUUCAAUGCUCGUUGGAGUGUAUCCCUCAAAACGAUGACUGUGUACUUGAAGCGCUGUCCAAAAUCGGGUCUGUCGUAGCCGUGGCGUUGAAUGCGGCUACUGGAGGAGUGUUCGGAGACAUCUUAGCGGCCUAUAAGACUGCAAAGUGGGCAGUGACCUGCGCUGCUAACGUCGUUAACGUGGUCCGAGGACUUAUUUAUUAUCUUCGAUACCGACAAACCACGGCGCCUCAAGGAGAUACCGCAGAGCUACUCACUGCAGCUUAUCAAACGGACGUCGUGGUGUACGAUCUCCCUGUGGCUGUGUGUGCCUGUCUCGGCUUACCUGUACCCAAGAAUGCCAAAUUUGCGGACAUGGUACUCGUAAUUGUCGAAGGUAUCGUGAAACAGGCGAUCACUAAUGGCGAUGAGAUCAUCUCAACGGGUGAAAAUGUACUCAAGCUACUUACAGGCACUGGUGCACUGAACGGCACAGAUAUGACAACAGUUGACGAUCUCCAAGACCUGAUCAACACGAAUUCCAGCUGCGGUUACGAACUCAAGCGCCUCACCGACCACGUCAUUCGCCAGGUCAAUGAUGUACGCAAUUCGACACCUGAUGCCUCUCCUAACGACGUUCGUGUGAAGGUUUAUAAAUCCUCAAUUGUGAUGAAUGACAUCCCUGCUGUCACAAAUCUAUGUAUGGGGGAACUUCUCGGCAACAAGACGAUUACUGCUGCCUUCGAGACUCGCGAUAUGCUUCGAAAGACGUUCGGGGUGAUCGUCGAUCAGCUCAUUGAUACUGGCACCACCGAUAUGGGGAAGGAUGUGGCUAAGGACGAUUACAUGCUGAAGGUGGCCAAUAUGGGUCUUGUGGUAUUGUCGACAAUUGAUCCGACUGGUAUCGCGUAUAUGGCGUCUCAGUUCGUCCAACCGAUCUGUGGACCAACAGCGUAUCUAGGCGAGAUAGACGAUGGAAGACUAUCUGAUGCGCUCGGGCUAACAACAGUGGAUGAAGCAUUCGUUGGAAGUUAUGGUACGUGGACGAAGAAAGGAGACGGUGUCGUCCACCUCAUCUUGGAGAGCGUGGAUAUCUAUGACGUGAAGGUGGUGGUUCACUCGGGCGGUGAUAAAUACGCAGAAGUUAAAGUAGGAGCUGGUGAAACUGUGACUUGGGAUGCCACAAUUCCAGAGUUGCAGGACAAAACUCUUUAUCUGGAUCGCUGGCGUCCGGGAAUUCUAGGUUUACCUGGUUCGGGAGGUGGAUCGCUUUUACUAUGGGUCCCACGAUCGUCUGAAGGCGGCCACCUGGAGAUGCAUGUUCGGAUCAACCCCAGCUAAGCCAGUGUCGACAAUGUCGAUGAUGCCGUCAUUUGUGUAGUAGUGUG